CAGAGACACCGAUGCGUAGUUUUGCAACGCAUAAAGGUCGACAUUACCAGGGCUCAGGAGAGCCCAUGUGCUUGCAUCCUCGAUCUUAUGGCCCGCAUCGGUCGAAACCACCGCAAAACCAUCACUCAGCGCACCUGCCAUAGAAGGGACAUUCAAUCCUGCGAGAAAACCGCCACCUCCUGCUCCUUGAAGCCGCUGGUUCCAGCCGUUCAAGGGCAACCACACUUGUACAUUGAUGGAAUCAUGCUGGCCUGGGUGCGUAUAUAUGAGGCUGACGUUGCAAAAGCUGAGAUUCGUCACAUUACGUGCAUCGUGGCUGGGGUACCCUCCCUGCUCAAUGGACAGGGAGUAGUUUGUGACAGCCUCAGCAGUCAAAGAAAGUGUCUUAGAUCCAAACAGAUCCGGAUACAGAAAAGAUCGGGAAAUGCAAGCCGCGUGAGUGAUGUUUGUGGCUGAAAGCUUCAUGUUGAGGUUUGCCCUUUCGAAUUGAUAGCUUCUGUUCAGCUGGUUUGAGUAGUGCGUGCAUCAAUCUGCUGAGCCAGGAACGUCAGAAGUUUUUAGCACCGUCUCUCCUUUCACACGAGGAAGUGAGGCAUGGACUGAGGACAAAGAAGAAACGAAUGCUCUUUAUCCAUUUUCAAGAUCAUGUCUAUCUCUAGGCCCAAGACAUCUUUCUUACCAAUUCUCGGAGCCAUCUGAUCGGCCGGAAGGCAGGAAAUUCAGACGUGGACAUAUCUUUGGCUACGCGCGUGGCAAUACUGGCUAUACAAGCUGUUUAUGAUUGGGUUACCACCUAGUAAGCAGACGUGGCUGGGGACGGGGCUGGAAAUUGAAAAACGAUCUUGUCAACCGUACAGUUCUUAACACCAUACUGUACACGACUGGACGCUUCCAAGGACCGAGUACAUAUCGGCACCCGGCUAUACAAACGUGCCGAGCUCCCACUCCGACUUAGUCUCCUCACCACUGAGCCUUGCGAGAUCGCAUUGUCUCCGCCUCCGCGAAUUCCCCCACAAAUCCAGUUUCAACAUCGCAUGGACUGUCGAUAUUGUCUUUGUCCAGCUGUUUUGAGCAGAGGCAUACCAUUAAAACCCGACAUCAGAUCUCAUGGCCGGCACGAUAAACAAGGUUGUUGAAUCUCGCCACGAUCUCCACAAACCUACAAUACAGCGUAGAGCAGGCAAAGCAUGCCAGGAUUGUCGAGGACGAAAGGUCAAAUGUGAUGUGACAUUGAAGGGUGUGCCCUGUACGAACUGCCGUGACAGUCAUGGACGAUGCGUGCUUGUACGCUGUCGCCGAGGCAGGAAACCUCCAACAUGGUAUUCAAAGGCCACCACAAAUGAGAGUAACAAUCAACGCUCCCGUGGGCUACCCAUGAGCCCGUCGCUUGGUUCACGCUACAGCAAGCCAAGACAUGAAUCGAGCUUGCCACAGCCUUGUAACAAUACCUCCUAUGGGACCCUGUCGUCGUCCAACGCUGCUGAUGUUCUAAACUCGAUGGUGGGUUUAGGAGACAUUCCUCCUAAGCUCAAGCUCUUUCUAUCAGUUAAAGCUCCAGUUGUUACUCCUCCCGCGGCUGAGGAAUACUCUCCAGAGCUACCUGAUUACUUUCUACCCUUCCCGGAUCAUCUGGAGGAGAGAGACCUAGAGUACCUGCGGAGCAAAGGUGCAUUUGUCACACCUUCGCCGCACCUUGGAAACGAGAUCAUUCGAUGCUAUGUUGAGUACAUGCACCCUUACAUGCCUCUUCUUGAUGCCGAGAGACUUCUCCAGAUGUCCCGCUCGGCCAGCGCCAUGACGCCAGUUCCAAAGUACAGCCUUCUUCUUUUUCAAUGUGUCAUGUUUGCUGCUGUAGCAUUUGUGGAUGAGGAGCUAGUGAAGCAGCAUGGCUAUGAUAGUUUGAAAUGUGCACGGAAAGACUUUUACUUGAGAACCAGAACUUUGUAUGACAUGGACUUCGAAUCCGACAGACUCACACUCGUCCAGUCCUUGUUGCUUAUGAGUCUCUGGUGUGAUAACCCCGAUGCACACAAGCAAUCCUGGCAUUGGAGCGGCAUCGCCAUAUCCCUCGCUCAAAUGAUUGGACUGAACCGAGAUCCGGCUGCACUUCAAAUUCCACCUGAGCAGAAGACUCUUCGGAAACGUAUCUGGUGGUGUUGCUUCAUGCGAGACCGACUAAUCUCACUAGGAAUGAGCCGUCCUAUGAGGAUUAGGGAUGGUGACUUUGAUACUCCCUUUUUGAGGGUUGAAGACUUUGGUCCUAAUGGCCAUGCCAUGUCUCCUGUCGUCUCGAGCGAAUCCUGCCACAGGUCCACAGGAUCUUCAUUGACAGAAAUAUUCAUUGCCAAUUUGAACCUCUGCGUGAUAGUCGGGUCUGUUCUGUCUGCUCAGUAUUCGACUCUCCGAGAGCCUUCGAAGGCAUUCCUCAGAAGCGACGGACACACGAAUACUGGUGGCUUUGCCAUGUUACUGCCUAUUCCCAAAAGCAAAUCAGAUGAAUGUACCAAUGAGCACUUGGUCAGUGCUGCCGAUCUCCUCGACGCAAAUCUCGCAGAGUGGCUGGGAUCUUUGCCAACCUCGGCCCAUCUUCUGCGACAAUUGUCGACCUUCCCAAGGAGUAAUUCGGCCGUUGAGGCAGACCACAGUCAGAACUUGAGAGCGGCAGCAGUGGAUACACAGCCAUCCAGCAUAGUCGUGCAAUGUGCUUUGGUGCACAUGUCUUAUAAUACGGCCGUUUCAGCCCUGCACCGGCCUCGAUGUCAACGGCCUUCAUCUAACUUGAGAGUGAUUGAGGCUGCCAACGCAAUUUCUAGCAUCUGUGCUCGGCUGAAUGAACGCUGCCUUGCUCGCUACCUCCCAGUCAACGCCAUUACCAUGUUGGUGCCGAGUAUUAUCUCAAACGCACUCAUACUCAAAUCCGCAAUGUCAAAGAACAGAACGCCUGAAGGAGCCAACCUCAUUGAUGGAGACGUGGAACAUACCAAGAGAGCGCUCAACGAAGUGGUGAUAUCUCUAUCGUCACUAAACCAGGCCUAUGUGGGUGCAGAUGUGGUAAUAUCAUUUGUAGAUGCUUUUCUCAGCUCUUUGAAACUGAAGGUGGUUCUAUCGCCAAACGACAAUAUCCUUCCACAAACAACGGGCCACCAGAGGUUGCAAGUCAUAUCAAUGGAUAAUUCAUCCGAAAUGAGUCACACUGCCCAGGCUCUGCUUCCAGCAGCAACUUCACAAUCAGCAUCGCGCCCAACCAGCAAGCCUGAGCAGCCUGAGCGAUCACCAGAUACGGCUCUACGACGCGACUCUACGAAUGCGGAUAUGAACUCCUACCGGGGAAUCAACAUGUCUGAAGAAUGGGCUACCUCAAGCACGGGUCUUCAUGGGCUGUCCAGCGAUUCAGGUCAAGAUUCUUGGUUCGGUAUGUCGGACCUCUCAGCAUUUCAUGGAGAAACGCCAGGUCAUGACCUUAUUGCCGACGGCAUGAGUGGUGUCUUCGAUUGGAGCAAUUUCAAUUUCGAUUGGCCCAUCUAACAUCGCGUUGAAUGGUCAUCCGGUUAUCUUGUCUUGUCAACUCAGAGCAUUCAGUGUAAUGACUCUUAAAGCUUCUCCUUGAUACGUGUGUCCUUGAUUUUCCUCUCAGCCUCUUCUUUCAAGACUCUCUUCAGCAAUUUCCCACUCGCAUUUCUCGGUAGAAUAUCGACAAAUACCACACCUCCUGUCAAUUCCUUGUACUUUGCAAGACGCUGGCUGCACCAAGUUUUCAUCUCUGUCCCGGUCACCGCACUGGCAUUGGUCGCAGGACGAAGUACGAUGUAAGCACGCGGAUGCUCACCAUCGGGCGAGUCUUCCAACUUCACACCAAUUACAGCCACGUCGACAACAGCCGGAUGUUGCAAGAUCACCGCCUCAAGCUCGGCCGGUGACACUUGAAAGCCGCGAACCUUGAUCAGCUCUUUCUUCCGGUCUACCAUGUACCAUUUUGCAUCCGCGAGAGAGCCGCCGUCAUUGGUAACGCAGGUGACGAUAUCACCGGUACGAAAAUAGCCUUCCGAAUCAAACGAUGCACUAUUUGCAGCGGGAUUCUCGUAGUAUCCUGAGAUGAUUGUUGGGCCACGGAUCAGGAGCUCUCCCCUUG